GUUAUUGCACUUUUUUUCUGUAAUAACGCGAACAUGAAAAGACGCAUUGUGGUCAUGAACUUUUGCGUCCAACUUCGCUUCCACCACGGAGCUUUCCACUAGGAGUCAUCGUUAUCGUCAUCACAAUAUGGCGCCAGGCAUGUUUGUGUUGUGAGCACGGUGGUUGUGAGUUGAUUGCACCGAACGAAUACUCAGUACCUUUUAGCAAAAAUGUCCAAAGAUUCCAGAAGAAUAUGCGGCCCGGAAGGGACGAGGAGCUAUGCGCCAUUCCAGGUUAUUAACAAUAAACUGCCGUGCAAUAAGCCAAGGAGAUUAGAUGGGCGUUCAAACGACCAAAUACGUCCACUAUUUAUGAAGACAGGAGUAGUGAGCCAAGCAAAGGGAUCAGCAUACCUCGAAGUUGGGAAGACAAAAGUUGUAUGUUCAGUGUACGGCCCAAGAGAGAUUGCUCGGAGAAAGGAUUUCACACUAAGAGGGCAGGUCAACUGUGACUUGAGGUUUGCCCCGUACUCUUGCCACAUCCGUCGACUGCCCACGUCAGAUAAUGAGGCCCUACAAUAUUCUCAGCUUCUAAGAGAUGCUCUCACACCAGUUGUGUGCCUUUACAAGUUUCCAAAGGCUACUAUAGACGUCUUCGUUUAUGUGAUUGAAAACGAUGGUGGAGUGUUGGCUGCUUCUAUAACGACGGCAGGUCUUGCCCUUGCUGAUGCUGGAAUAGACAUGUAUGAUGUUGUUAUCGGGUGCAGUGUGCGGCAACAAGGAAAUAGCUGUUUGGUGGACCCAACUUUUCGGGAAGAAGCUGCAGCCGCUCCAAGUGACUCGGAGCAAAGCUUUGGUCAGAUGACACUGGGCUUCAUGCCAGCUCUGCAGCAAGUGGCAGCACUAGUGCAGAAUGGAGAGCUUGAUGCUGCCUCUAUAGUCCUGAAUAUGAAAACACUGAUUAGUUCCUGCCACAAGAUUUAUCCUGUGGUGCGGGAUACCCUUCUAUCGGAAAUCAAGUCAAAAAUGGAAGACCUACUCACAGAAGAAUCUGACAAGGAUGCUGACAUGCAUCCUUUGCCUGCCCUUGGUGAACAAGUUGCAUAAAAGUAAUUUGCUCUUUC